CGUCGCUCGCGUCUCGCAACUGAUAACUCGUCUUUCGUAAUAUUUUACUCAACUCUUUUUUUUUUCUUUUUUUUCAUAUUUUUUAUCCUCGCUUAUUUUUAGCUGUCAAGUGAGGUGUCGGUUUUUUCUUAUCACCGACGGGCGUGAAGCGAUCCGCGGUGAUGUUUUGUGUCGACUAAUGGUGUCGCUCUCGGGUGCUCGACGGUUGUUUACGUUGCAGCAAAGGUGACGGCGAGCCGAUCCGCGUGUCGCAAUCCGAAAAUCGCGGUUUUUCCGAGCGUGAUUUUUCCGACGUUAUGACGGUGCUUGACGUGCUCUCGGUGACGCGCGGCUACUUUGCGUACCUCCAGUUUUUGGUUUAGGGUUCUCGUUCCCGUCGAAAAAAGGAGAAAAAAAGGUCGGAAGUGACGUGGGUUUUGCGCGUUGGAAACUGUUGACUCUUUCGUAGUUGGAAACCGCCGCUGUAGUGAAAUGUUUCAGCGUCGUUACGUGGACGGAUGUCUGAAAAAUUAAUGAAGAUCGAUUUUAUUUGUUGUCUUUUACCGGUUCAAACGAUUUAAUCUGCCCUAACGAAAGGAUUGUUAUCAAGUUUGACUUUCGGUCGUGAUUUCCAUUCGUAAGUUUGGCUUUUUCUUGUUGUCACUGAAGUACAAUUAGAUUCCACCGGUUCAUUUUGUGGUUGACAACUAAAGCAUGCUUAUUAAAUUUGACUUCUGGUCGUGAUUUCCGUUCAAGAUUAAAGUAAGUUUGGACUGUUGUCAUUCAAAUACUAUCGGAUUCCACCGGUUCGUUUUGUGGUUGAUCACCGGACGUUAUGAUCUACGACCGCCGAGGGUCUAAAUCCAGGCAAAUUUCGCAGAGUGUUCUGGUGCGCAAGUGGAGGAGAUCGGCCCGGUGAUUUUGGAAUUAGUGAUAAGGUGAUAAGCGGUGGCGAUGAUAGCCACCAAGUGGGCCGUGCCGGAGCCCAAAUGUCCCGCGAAAGUUGAGAGCUCAAUCCGGCUCCGCAUGCCGGAGUCCUUCCUUCGAUCCCUCAAGAGGCGAUCCCUCAGGGUCAAACGCUCCAAGUCGGCCGUCGUCAACGAGAAACGGAAAUCAGAUUCGUUCGUGAACAGUCAGGAAUGGACCCUGUCCCGCGGUGUGCCGGAUCUGCGUUUAGGGAUCGUCGGAUCUUUGGCGUCCGGGAAGUCGGCGUUGGUUCAUAGGUACCUGACCGGCUCCUAUCUCCAGGAGGAAUCGCCAGAGGGCGGCAGGUUCAAGAAGGAGAUCCUCGUCGACGGACAGAGUCACCUCCUCCUCAUCAGGGAUGAAGGCGGACCCCCAGAAUUACAGUUCACGACGUGGGUGGAUGCUGUUAUCUUCGUAUUCAGUCUGGAGAACGAGGCCAGUUUCAACGCCGUUUACAAUUACUUCAUGAAAAUGACGCAGUUCAGGAAUUCGGCAGAAAUACCCUUCAUCCUAGUCGGAACUCAAGAUGCCAUCAGUGAAAACAACCCACGCGUGAUUGACGACUCUAGAGCAAGAAAAUUGGCCGGAGAUCUGAAGCGAUGUUCCUAUUAUGAAACCUGUGCAACUUACGGACUGAACGUGGAGAGAGUUUUUCAAGAUGCUUGUCAUAAAAUAGUACAACAAAGGCUGUCAGCCUCGACAACUUGCCUAGCAACACCCUGUGAUAGUCGACCAACUACCCCUCUUCUAAAUAGCUUCCCAAUUUGCACCAAUCCAAUACCCUCUCGGUCCUUCUAUCCGAGCUCUCCCACAACCAACAAUAUAGCAUCGACAUCUCCUGGCUCACCAGCGCAUCACUCACACACAUUGUCCUACAAGGACUCAAUGUCUGGAAUGUCAAGGCAUUUAUCGCACGCCUUGUCACUUUCCACACAUCAGUUGAACAAACAAACAGAUUUAUCAAUCUGUCUGGAUAGUAAUGCCUCUCUAAAUGAAAUCACCCCUAACAAUCUGGGUUUGCCAUUGACAGCUAACAAUAAGGAUGUACCUGUAACGCCAACAACCUCUAGGAAAACAAGACGAAGAUCCAACCUCUUUACACCAUCUUCAAAAAAAGGAGACGACAAAUUGAAGAAUGGCGGAGAGCUGGGAAGCGGUCGAGUAAUCCCUUUGAAACAAGGCUAUUUGUACAAAAAAAGUAGCAAAACUCUGAAUAAAGAAUGGAAGAAGAAAUAUGUGACAUUAUGUGAUGAUGGACGACUGACAUACCACCCCAGUUUGCAUGAUUACAUGGAAGAAGUUCAUGGGAAAGAGAUCUCCCUCCAAUAUGUUACUGUAAAAGUGCCUGGUCAGAAACCUCGUGGUUCGAAAACGAUCACAAACUCCAGCAUAACCAAAGGAACAAAACCCAGCAACAGCGAUUCGAGCGAUGUCCAGCCAAUUACCAAUUACCAAACCAAAGAUAAAAAAUGUUCGGACAAAGUUCUUUUAACUGGUUAUGAGUUAAUAAAAGAACCUGGUGUGAAAAACGAAGAUGAAAAGGUAAUGAUCCUCACAAAUAGCUCUCUUGGAAUCCAAAAUGGAGACUCGAAAACUGAAACUCCGAACGUGAAGAAACGUCACAGAAGAAUUAAGAGCAGCGGUGUGAAGAAUCAGGAGUGCGAAGACUCGGAUGGCUAUGAGUUUCUGAUCGUGUCAUUGGAUAACAAACAGUGGCAGUUUGAAGCAAGCAGCUCAGAGGAGCGCGAUGAAUGGGUUGCAGCCAUUGAACAGCAAAUUUUAAAUUCUCUUCAGGGCAAUGAAAGCAGUAAAACGAAGUCGAGAGUUGUGUCCGCUAUGGAAGCCGCUACACUUCAGUCACUCCGAACAUGCGUUGCUGGGAAUACGCACUGCGCUGACUGUGAUUCCCCCAACCCAGACUGGGCUAGUCUCAAUCUGGGCGUUCUAGUCUGUAUUGAGUGUUCAGGAAUCCACCGUAAUCUUGGCUCACAUAUUUCCAGGGUCAGGUCAUUAGAUCUUGAUGAGUGGCCGCAAAGUCAUCUAAGUGUGAUGUUGGCUCUUGGCAACAGCCUAGCAAACUCUGUUUGGGAAGCAAAUGUAAGCAAAGGUCAAGGAAAACCAACACCUAGCUCAAGCCGCGAAGAGAAAGAAAGGUGGAUUCGGGCAAAAUAUGAAGCAAAAGAAUUCCUCACCCCGUUACCUCUAAACACCUCCAUCUCGCAACAGCUUAUUGAUGCCGUGUGUCGCUCUGACAUGAAAUUGCUGACGCAAUUGCUCGCACAUGCUACACCAGAACAUGUCAACACCUCUGUGAAUCAGCGAGAUCUGCGAACUCCAUUACACCUAGCUUGUGCGAUGGGUAACCUGCCUGUUGUCCAGCUCCUUUUAUGGUAUUCUGCUAAUGUGAAAGCUGUCGAUCAUGAUGGAAGAACUUGUUUGACGUACGCACGGAAUGCAUCGAGGCUUCAUGGCAAUAAUGACCCGGCAAACAUUGCUAAAAUGAAGGCGUUAAUUGAUUUGUUAAUCUCCAAUGGUUCAGUAGAGUCCAUUGCCCCUCCUAUACCAGACCCGCUGAUGCCACUGAAUCUCCCCCUCCCUCCUUCAACCCCCACCAUUACCGUUUCAACAUUGCCCAGGAAAUCAACGUCUAUUCUCCCAUUAGAUAAAUUACCAUCAAGUGUGAUUUAAAGGUACUAUUUUUCCAGCAUAUGUAAAUUUUGUGAACUCUGGGAAUGCUCUCAAUCUGAAAUCAUUUCUUACAAUCUGUAAGAUUCCAUCUGUAUAUUUGGCAGGCAUCUCUCAAUUUGUCGGCUAUCAGGCCGUCUAUUAUCCCA